AAGUCAUCAGAAUACACAACAACACUUCCAAAAACUACAUAUACCAAACACCGCCACAAUGGUCAAAGCAGUCGCUGUUCUCCGUGGAGACUCCAAUGUCAAGGGCACCGUGACCUUCGAGCAGACCUCCGAGGGCGCCGAGACCACCAUCACAUGGGACAUCACCGGCAACGACCCCAACGCCGAGCGCGGCAUGCACGUUCACGCCUUUGGUGACAACACGAACGGCUGCACCAGCGCUGGUCCUCACUUCAACCCUCACUCCAAGACCCACGGUGCCCCCGAGGACUCCGAGCGCCACGUCGGCGACUUGGGCAACUUUAAGACCGACGGCCAGGGCAACGGCAAGGGCAGCGUCACGGACAAGCUCAUCAAGCUGAUCGGACCCGAGAGCGUGCUCGGUCGCACUGUCGUCGUCCACGGCGGCACCGAUGAUCUCGGCAAGGGAGGUCACGAGGAGAGUAAGAAGACGGGUAACGCUGGACCAAGGCCGGCUUGCGGUGUCAUUGGCAUCGCUGCUUAAAUUGGGAUACCAUAGGAAGUACGAUGGGAUGAAGAUGCGCUGCGAGAUGUGUAUAUGCUGAGCAUGGAGCAUACUUAGCGUCGUCAAUGAAUAACGCUCAUUUGUACAUCACGUCUGCUCGUGUGCUUGCUCGAGUAUCUCUGCUGCAUACCUCACUGAGUCCUAUCAUAAAUCGUAGGCAUGCGACUACUUUUC